AGGAUGGGUGGGGAAAACAGUAAACCUGCAGAGCAGGAACCACGGCAGCCGAGCCGUCCCAGAACACCAACCCCGCCGCCUUCUCCCACUUUGAAGGAUCCAUGGAGGGAAAUAGCCUGGGGAAACAAUGCUAGGGAUCUCCAGUAUAUGAAGGAUUAUGAGCCUGGAAACGAUGACAUCAAACAUCUCCGAAUCCUUCUGUACGGACCCGUCGGAGUUGGAAAGUCCAGCUUCAUCAACUCUGUCAGCAACGUCCUACGAGGCAGAAUGACUACUCCUGCUUUGACCAGUGCAAUGACCUCUGACCAAAGUUUCACAACAAGAUAUGCCACUCAUAAAAUCAAAAAGGAAGGAAGAGGAAAGUCAAAGUCAUAUUAUCCUUUUGUCUUCAAUGACAUCAUGGGUCUGGAGAAAGGGGAUGGAGUUCGUCCUGAUGACAUCAUACUGGCCCUGAAAGGACAUGUGAAGGAGGGAUACAAGUUCAACCCUGUAUCUACACUCUCUGAUGAUGAUCCAUGGUACAACCCUCUUCCAUCUCCAGAAGACAAAGUUCAUGUUCUGGUUUGUGUGCUUUCUGCUAAUACAGCAGAAAUUACAGACUCAGUUCUGCAGAAGAUGGCGGAAAUCAGAGAGGCAGCCAGUUACCUGGGGAUUCCCCAAAUGGCAAUAGGCACCAACAUUGAUUCAGCCUGUCCUGAAACUGAAAAGGAUCUGAAGAAUGUGUACAAGAGCAAACACAUUAAGCAAAAGACUCUCCUGAUGAACUGA